GGAGGCAGCAGCACCCCGAGUGUUCGCCCUGCCCGGAGCACGGGGACACGCCGCGGCCGGGCUGUGACAGCUCACACGAGGGGCCCACGCGUGUCCCCCGAAGGCGGGGAGGAGGAACCUGCGCACGUCUCCUGAGGGCGUGGGGCCGGGAGAGGCGCGAUGGCAGCGUGGCCCCGCCCCUGGGUGUCCCCGCCAUGGCGGCCCCGCGGGUGCUGCUGGUGGCUUCGCUGCUGUCCCCGCUGCUGUCCCCGCUCCUCUCCGCCGUCCCGGCCGGCGCAGCCCCGUCCCCGGUGCCCCGCAAUGUCUCCGUGCUGCUGGAGCCCGGCUCCGAGCGGCUGCGCGUCCUCCCCGGCCGCCACCCCGCCGCCGUCGCCUGGGCCAGCCUCGAUGACCGCAUCCCGCACGUCGGCUGGGCCUUCCUGGAGGUGGCCACCAACGCCUCGUACAAUGACAGCCUGCAGGCCUACGCUGCCGGGCUCGCCGAGGCUGCCGUCACCGAGCAGCUGAUGUACAUGCACUGGAUGAACACCAUGGUGGGCUACUGCGGCCCCUUCAAGUACGAGAGCGAGUACUGCCAGAAGCUGCGCAGCUACCUGGAGGCCAACCUGGCCUGGAUGGAGGAGCAGAUGGAGAAGGGGCAGGACACCGAGUACUGGCACCAGGUGCGCCUGGCCCUGCUGCAGCUGAAGGGGCUGGAGGACAGCUACAACGGGCGCCUGGACUUCCCCAGGGGCAGGAUCUCCCUGGCACCCUUUGGCUUCCUGCUGCUGCAGUUGGGAGGUGACCUGGAGGACCUGGAGUCUGCCCUGAACCGCUCCUCCCCGCAGCGUGUGCUGGGCUCGGGCUCCUGCUCGGCUCUGGUGAAGCUGCUGCCGGGCCAGCGGGACCUGCUGGUGGCCCACGACACCUGGAGCUCCUACCAGGCCAUGCUGCGCGUCAUCAAGAAGUACACGCUGCCCUUCCGCGCCUCGGCCGGCGGCAAGUCCCAGAUCCCUGGGAGCGUCCAGGUGUUCUCCUCCUACCCCGGCACCAUCUUCUCCAUGGAUGACUUCUACAUCCUCAGCAGCGGGUUGGUCACGCUGGAAACCACCAUUGGCAACAACAACCCGGCCCUGUGGAAGUACCUGGAGCCCCGGGGCAGCGUCCUGGAGUGGCUGAGGAACAUCGUGGCCAACAGGCUGGCCCGCAGUGGGUCCGAGUGGGCCGCGCUCUUCCGACGCUUCAACAGCGGCACGUACAACAACCAGUGGAUGGUGGUGGACUACAAUGCCUUCACACCGGGCAGAGCGAGCCCUGCACCGGGCGUGCUGACAGUGCUGGAGCAGAUCCCGGGCCUGGUGGUGGUGGCUGAUCAGACAAAGCUGCUGUACCAGCAGGGCUACUGGGCCAGCUACAACGUGCCGUACUUCGAGGAGAUCUUCAACACCAGUGGGAACCUGGAGCUGGUGAGGAAAUAUGGCGACUGGUUCACCUAUGACAAGAACCCUCGUGCCCAGAUCUUCCGCCGGAACCAGACGCUGGUCCACGACCUGGACUCCAUGAUCCGCCUGAUGCGGUCCAACAACUACCUGCAGGACCCCCUGUCGCGGUGCAGGGGCUGUGACCCCCCCCAGAACGCCGAGAACGCCAUCUCCGCCCGCUCCGACCUCAACCCUUCCAACGGCUCCUACCCCUUCCCCGCCCUGCGCCAGCGCUGCCACGGCGGCAUCGACAUGAAGGUCACCUCCUCGGGCAUGGUGCCCACCUUCGGGCUGGUGGCAGUCAGCGGCCCCGCCUGGGAUGACGUGCCACCCUUCCGCUGGAGCGCGUCCCCCUGCAGCUCCCUGCUCCACAUGGGCCACCCCGACCUCUGGACCUUCCCCCCAGUCAAGGUCCACUGGGACUGAGCAGGCUCUGGUCCCGUCCAUCAGUCCGUCCGUGGGCGUCUGUCCUGUGGGGGAUCCCUCUGUGGGGGCAGCUGGGUGUGGGGGCUCAGCUCUGUAAAAGCUCUCAGCUCUGUGUACGGGGUCCCCCCCUGUUCUUUCUGCCUCUCAGGGUCCUGGCUGUGCUGCACAAGCCCAGCGUGUCCCCUCCCUGCCAUGGGGCUCUCCAGGCUCUUCCCUGGGUGCUGAAGCCUGGUUUGGGGGGGCUCUUCCCAGAAAAGGGGCAUCCUGGGAGGCUGGGGCUCGCCCUCAGCGCAGGCAGGAGGGCAGUGAGCUGGUUUGGCUGUGGUAAAUAAUAAAGUGCUCUGUGCUGGUG